AUGUCGAAUGAUCAGGGAUUGGUGCGGGCCAACGACGACCGGGCGGCGGUCGGCCCCUCCGACUGGGCGGUCGGCCCCUCCGACGAGUGGGCGGCGGACGGCCCCUCCAACGAGUGGGCGGCGGGCGGCCCCUCCGACGAGUGGGCGGCGGACGGCCCCUCCGACGAGUGGGCGGCGGACGGCCCCUCCGACGAGUGGGCGGCGGACGGCCCCUCCGACGAGUGGGCGGCGGGCGGCCCCUCCAACGAGCGGGCGGCGGACGGCCCCUCCGAUUGGGCGAUCGGCCCCUCCGACGAGUGGGCGGCGGACGGCCCCUCCAACGAGUGGGCGGCGGGCGGCCCCUCCGACGAGUGGGCGGCGGACGGCCCCUCCGACGAGUGGGCGGCGGGCGGCCCCUCCAACGAGCGGGCGGCGGACGGCCCCUCCGACGAGUGGGCGGCGGACGGCCCCUCCGACGAUGUGUCAGCGCGCGGGCCCCAGUGA